AUGUAAAAAAAGGUAGUAAUCUUGGGUGAUUCAGGUGUCGGAAAGACUUCCAUUCUAUUAAGAUAUAUCCAGAAUAAGUUCGAAGGCUCAAACUUGCCCACAUUAGGAGCAAGUUUUAAAUCUUAGAUGAUCCAGCUUCCAAACGAGAAUGAUCAAAUUAAAUUGAAUUUGUGGGAUACAGCUGGCUAAGAGAAGUUCAAAAGUCUGACUCGUAUGUAUUAUCAAGAUGCAGAAGCUGCAAUCAUCGUAUACGAUAUUACAUUUAGGGAAAGCUUUGACUCUGCCAAGAACUGGAUCGAGGACCUCCGCAAUAAUGCCAAUGUGCCUGAUAUACUAGUUGCCAUGGUAGGAAAUAAAUGUGACUUGACUGAUGAAGCAGAAGUAGCUCUUGAGGAAGCCAUAUCAUUCGCGAGAUCGGUCAAGGCUGAAAUUAUAAAGGAGACUAGUGCUAAAGACGCUACUGGAAUCAGUGAGUUAUUUCUCGAGAUUGCAUAAAAACUAUACAAAAAGUAAAAAGCAAUAGAGAUCUAAAAUAAACCUGCAUCUGGAGGAACUGGAGCUUAAAAGCCAUAGCCUACUAAACUUCAGAAUAGCAAUAGUAUGGCUGGGGGAAAGUCUGGAGGUAAGCAAGGUAAAGGAGGAUGCUGCAAAUGA